GCUCUUUAGUGGAGUGGAACGCGAAUUGCCUGUCACACACAUGAUCUACACGCUUGACAAUCGGACGAUGCGCGAUCUCGGGAAGGGAGCCACUUGCUAUGUGAUUCUGUGCUGUAAGAUCCUUUGUGUACACACCGCCUGAUCAGACUGCAUGCGCGAUUUGGUAGGACAACUCCGGCGCGACGAGGCUGUGUGCAAUGGGACGGUAUGGCCCGCGAUGCUCAAAGCGCGCAAAUCGUGCAGUCAGAAUUCCCUCGGGAGCAGAUCUGGCGACGCAAACACCGAACGAUCAAAUCGACAGUUGGUUGAGGGAAGCAUGACUUGGGUGUUGGGAAAGAGCUUGGCUAUUGGAACAUUUGGCCUGGGGCGAGGCAAAAAGAGAGGACACUGCAGCACAAACUUGCUGUGCAGUGUUCCUGCUGGAGGAAAAAUUCCCCCUUUUGUAUACUUGUAGGGUGCGAAUGCUGCAUGGAUGAUCGGGCCACGAUGACGAUUGAAGCGUGCAGACCGAC